CGUGACCCGCGGCUUUCCGAAGCUUCCGGUUCCGGUUCACUUCCUCUGUUUCCGGGUUAGAGGUGCGAGGUCCUUCCGCUGUCGCGGACGGUUGGAGCGGGAGAAGCUGGAAGGCGCCGUCGCUCUGGGAGGGAUUUGCCCCCAGCAGGCCAUCAAUGAAAGUGUGAAACCUAUUGUCUGUUUCAUAGCUGUGGAUGAUCAGUAACACUUCUCUCAUCUUUAUAAACCAUGGCGUAUCAACUGUAUAGAAACACCACAUUGGGGAACAGCCUUCAGGAGAGCUUGGAUGAGCUCAUACAGUCUCAGCAGAUCACCCCUCAGCUUGCCCUUCAAGUGCUACUUCAGUUUGACAAGGCUAUAAAUUCAGCAUUGGCACAACGGGUCAGGAACAGAGUCAAUUUCAGGGGCUCUCUGAAUACAUACAGAUUCUGUGAUAAUGUGUGGACUUUUGUACUGAACGAUGUUGAAUUUAGAGAGGUAACUGAACUCGUGAAAGUGGAUAAAGUGAAAAUUGUUGCAUGUGAUGGAAAAAAUACUGGUUCCAAUACUGCAGAAUGACUAGAAAUGUGGGGGCUUUUUGUGCAACAUUUUCUGUUAAUAUGCAGCACUUUCUGGAGAGAAGCAUGGAAAAGAACUGUUCAUAAUUUAUUCUGGUGAUGCAGACAUGCGUUAAUCCAUGCUAGAAUGCAUCGCAGAAAGGCAGUGCAAAGAAAUAUCUUUCUGUAGCAUUUCUUCAAUUCACCUAAUAGGGCAUGAAGAAAACAAUGUUACUUUUCUAAAUGACAAAACAAAUAUUGUUGCCUUUUUUUGUUCAAAGUAAUUUCUCUAAUAAACUUUUAUUUAAAAUUUUCUAGAGAAGUGAGUGAUAAUUAGAAAGGUGUUUGUUAAAGCAUCCUUCUCACAAAAUUACCUUAAGCCUUAGGUAAAUUACUCUUGGAGUAGUGAUGAGAAACAGGAUGUAGAGGCAUACAGCUCUAGCUCACUAAUACGAAUGUGGCCCACAUAACUGAAACAAAUGGGGACACUUGUUUGCGGUUAGUGACUAAAUAGCCUUGGAGUCAGAUGUACUGUCACCACUAGAAAUGAUUGCUAUAAAUGGGAUGGAGGCACAUUGGCAAUAUGUUGUGCACUUGCACUGCCAGGGCAUGUGCUGUGCCUGUUUCUGGAGUAAAAUCUUUCCAUUUGUAGCAUUGUCGGUUUUGCAUCCUUUAGAAACCCUGCAUUAACUCACAUAUUAGAAAAUGAGUGUCAUGGGCUUAACCAGUGAAGUGAAAAUGAUUAAGCCCAGUCCCAUGAGAACAUUCUAAAUUCUCAAAUGUUAGGCGUGUAUAGAUAGAAUUUAUCUCACUUAUUUUAUUCAAGCUCUGGUCUAAUAUAUUUGACUGAACGCUUAUCAGACUUCAGUACAGUGCUCUAUUGAAAUUCUGUUAAUGUUCAGCUAUGAAUUUUAAAAAAAUCGUGUUCAAUACUCCAUCACAUGCUUUAAAAUUACUCUUCCUGUGAUUUGGAUACGACAAACAUAGGGAUUUUUUUUAUGCAUGAGGCAGGUCCUUUUGGAAUCUGAAGUGUCACAGCUGAAAAAGCUCCGGGAAUAGUUGUGUAAGUUUCUUCCCUCUACUAACUAACUCUGCUGGAUCUGUCGGUAAAUAUUUUUAGAAUGGGUAAUUAUGCCUUGUUUAGAGGCAUUAAAACUUCCAGAGAACACAUCUCCCAUUAAACCAACUAUUUAAAAAAAUUCUUGGUUGAAUUUUGAACCAAAUAUACUUUUAUGCCUAAACUUAGUAGUGUAUACUUUUUGUAUUUAUAAUUCAAUUACUAUCCCUCCUUAUUCACCACUUGAGAUCAGCUGUAGCUUUUUUGGAUUAGGCCAUAUAACAAGAGGACAUGUAAAGACAGUUAUAAAAAGUG